AUGCUUCACUCUAUUUUUGAUUGUUUUUCACUCAAUUCCCAUCUCAAUCGCUCUCCUCGCCUCACUAGCCUCUCGCGCGUCCACUCUCGCCUAUCCUCUCUAACGGUUCCUCAUCUUCUCAGACCUACACCGAUCUCUCUUGCGCAUCUCUCCUCCCGUCCGACUCUACCAUCUCUCCCUCCUCAUCGAUCAGUACCCUUGCCCUUCUCCAUCCUUACGACCGCCCGCCCUCCCGACCGCGAGUCUGCACCACCUCGGCAGCGGGGCACCACCGCACCACCUCGAGCCCGCCCAACGCCCGGCGUUGCCCACUCGCUCGACUCGGGCUCUCUAAUCUGCGCUGCCUCGCUCACGGCUCGUCACUCGUACUCGUCUCGUUCGGCCUCCCUCCCUCCCUCCACCUCCUCCUCCUGCUCGUGCCCGCACAAUGGAAAUGACCCUCUCCUUCGCUUAAUGUCGUUCGUUGGCCCUUCUGCUCGCUCCCCCUCGCCUCUGUCUCCACUCGAUUCCUCCUCCUCCUCCUCCUCCUCUUCUUCCUUCCUGCCUUCCCUUCCUUCCUUCUCCGCCUGUGCUCCCCUUUCUCUGCUCCUCCUCCGCUCUCUUUACCUCCCCCACCACCAUCGCCUGUCUCCCUCUCUGCUCUUCUGUCUCCCCGUCUUCUCUCCCGGAGUCCCCACUUUGCUUCUUCCCUCCUCCUCCUCCUCGUCCCUCCCCCCUCCCCUCACCUCGACCCCUGCCUGCCUGCCUGCCUUCCUUCCUUCCUUCCUUCCAGUCCAUCGCCCCGGCCUGCCCUGCCCUGCCCCGCCUUCGGUGGGCUUGGCUGGCACUCCCGCCCGGCUGGCCGCCUCGGCGAGCGAGCGGACGGACCGACCCCGACUCCCCGACCCUACCAGCGAUCUGGGCAGCCUCGGAGGCGAUGGACGCAAGGGGUGCAGGGCAGGGCAGUGCAGCGACUGCAGUCCCCGCCCCGAGAACAAAACAAAAGCCCCGGCGCCGACCUCUGCCGAGACCUAA